GGGUUAUAAACACAACACGCAGCCACAUCUCACAGCAGCUCUUAUUCCCUCACACGAAGUUCUCUCAGGAAAAGAGGAUUACAGCCUGAAAGCACACAGACUUUUGGACGUGCAGCAUCAGACCUGUAGGGAUCAUGGCUCUGGACGGAUGUGGCCUCUUCUGCAAGUAUAUCCUCCUCAUCUUCAACAUCAUCUUUGCGACGGUGGGUCUCGCCUUCCUGGGUCUCGGUCUGUGGCUGCGGUUCAGCAAUGACACCAGAGGAAUCUUUGAGAUCGACGCCCUCAGCUCGACCACAUUCGUGACAGCUGUGACCGUCCUGAUCAUCCUGGGCUCAGUGAUGCUCGUCGUGGUCGUGUUCGGAGACUACGGCGCCUGCAACGAGAAGAGAUGCGCUCUGCAAGUGUUCUCCGUCCUGUUGGCUCUCCUGGCCGGUGUUACGGUGGCUGUCGGAAUGAUCACGUACUCUAAGAGGGCCGAGGUCGGGCUGCACAUCGCUGAAUUCUACAGCAGCAUGUACGCCCUGUACGUGAGCAACGGAGACCCCGUGGUCCGUGUCACGCUCACCUUCAUCCACAUGAUGCUUCACUGCUGCGGGAUCACCGGAGUCCCGCUGGUGGAGAUCGCUAAAGAAACGUGUCCCAAACCGGACGGGUUCAUGGAACACUUCGUCAUGACUAGCUGCCCCGGGACAAUCAUCUCCACGUUCGACAGCAGAGCGCCUCUGGUGAUGGGGAUCCUGAUCGGGACUGCAGCUCUUCUGCUCAUAGCUCUGAUUUGCAGCACGACCCUCAGCUCAAAGCUCCGGCUGUCCGCUUCCACGUCUCAGUACAUCAUCCUGACUCAGUCCACCCCCGUGCUGACCAACCCUCCCCCGUCACAGCCUGACUUUAUCUCCUACUCAUACCCCCACCCUGACCCGAACCCCGUGGUCUUCACCCCUCUGUCUGCUGCAAACAUCCCUGUGCCUCAGGAUUAGAGCGCUCCUCUGUUCUGACUCUUGAUUUCAGAGCACAAGUUUUAUCUGUCCUUUCCUUGCUGCACGACGCUUUCUGCUUUCUUUAAUCAACAAGAACUCUCUACAUCCAGUUUUUAAUCUCCUGGGACUGUUGUUAGAUCAAAAUCAAAGUCCCUCAGCCUCCUUUUUAGAGCUCACACAUCUUCAACAAUCACAUCAACGAGCCCUCGUUCACACCUGGAGUUCACAUCCUGAGUGACCUAAUGACACAUUGACCGCCUGAAAGCCAACAAUCAGACCUUUAAUGACCUGAAACGACAAACAAAAGAACAUCCACCACAAGAUCAGAGAUCUCUACUCUGUUGUUCUCAACGCCUGUAGACUGAGGUAACUUUGAUCCACAAAAUCAGGAUGACCCCAACCCCAGACGAGGGCUGGCUUAAAGGUAACGAGCAUCAAAUCUGAAUGAUUGAAUCAGAGCAGGAUGUCUCAGUUUGUGGGGAUUUGGCGCCCCCUGUGGAGAGAGAAUAAAAAAAGAGUUGACCCCUUAAAACGAUAAGAGGAAUAAGUUGUUUGCUGUGAGGAUGAUUUCAGGACAUCUACAGACUAAAACGUGGUGAUCAUUUUUUCAUUUUUAAGUAUUCGUGCUGAUGUCCUGUUGUUUCAAACAAGCGAUGGUCCGAUCGAUCGUCAUGAGGAUGAACGAGCAGCAAAUGCAGAAACGAUGCAUCUUAAAAAAUGUGCAAAUGCAAAAAGCUGAAACAACUGCACCAAACACACUCCAAAUACAGGAAUGAUGCAAAAAACACUAAAUCAUGAAAUGCAUGCACGAGGAAAAAAGUGCUCCAAAUUUAGGCCUGACAACAGACGUACUCCAGGCCUGUAGGGGGCGCUAGGUGACACUCACAGAAGUGAACCACAGCUUGAAUUAGUUGAAUUAAAACCUUUUCUUGUUUGUUUCUGGAUUUUACGACCCAAAAAGCUGACCCUUCAAUCCUUGAUAUGUGGGAAAAUAUAUUAAAAUUGGAAACAGAAAUAAGUUGCUAUUUGCAGACCUUUUCAUUUUUAAGUCUCUGUGCUGAUGUCUUGUUGUUUCAAAUUUGCUGUGGUUAGUAUGGUGGCAAACAAGGGCAGACGAUCAUAAACCAAAGCUUGAAUUAGUUGAAUUAAACGAGCAGCUAAUUCAGAAACGAUGCCUCUUAAAAAAACGUGCAAACACAAAAAGUCCAAACAACUGCACUGACACCAAACACACUCCAAAUACAGGAAUGAUGCAAAAAACAAAAUCAUGAAUCACAUGCACGAGGAAAAAAUGCUAUAAAUUUAGACCUGACAGCAGACGUACUCCAGGCCUGUAGGGGGCGCUAGGUGACACUCACAGAAGUGAACCACAGCUUGAAUUAGUUGAAUUAAAACCUUUUCUUGUUUGUUUCUGGAUUUUACGACCCAAAAAGCUGACCCUUCAAUCCUCGAUUUACAGACAAAUAUAUUUUAAUUGGAAACAGAAAUAAUUUACUUGGUGCAGACGUUUUGAUUUUUAAUUCUGUGAUAAUGUCUUGUUGUUUCAAAUUGGCUGUGUUUAGUCUGGUGGCCAACAAGGGCAGACGAUCGCUUCUCGAUCUGCAAACGCCGAAACGAUGCAUCUUUAAAAAACACGUGCAAACGCAACAUCUAAAUCACACUGCAUACAAAUGAAACCUGCUGCAACUGCACUGACACCAAACUCGCUCCAAAUGUACGAAUGAUCCAAAAAAGGAAACACAAAUCAUGAAACACGUGCACCAGAAAAGUGCUUUAAAUUGAGGCCUGACAACGAACGUGCUCCAGGCCUGUAGGGGGCGCUAGGUGACACUCAUAGAAGUGAACCACAGCUUGAAUUAGUUGAAUUAAACGAGCAGCUAAUUCAGAAACGAUGCAUCUUAAAAAAUGUGCAAAUGCAAAAAGCUGAAACAACUGCACCAAACACACUCCAAAUACAGGAAUGAUGCAAAAAACACUAAAUCAUGAAAUGCAUGCACGAGAAAAAAGUGCUCCAAAUUUAGGCCUGACAACAGACGUGCUCCAGGCCUGUAGGGGGCGCUAGGUGACGCUCAUAGAAGUGAACCACAGCUUGAAUUAGAUGAGUUUUUAGUUCUUCUUGUUUGUGCACAAAGUAAAAGUAGUGUUUUCAGCCUUAUUCAAAAUAACUACAAUGAGUGGAUGUAGCGCCCCCCUGUGGAGAGAAUAUAAAAGGAUGAUUCUUCCGCUUUUAUCUGGAUUUUCUCACCCAAAUAGCUGACCCUUGAAUCCUCCAUUUACAGGAAAACACAUUUUAAAUGGAAACAGAAAUAAGUUGCUAGUUGCAGACGUUUUCAUUUUGAAGUAUCUGUGCUAACGUCUUGUUGUUGCAAACAAGCGAUCGCCCGAUCGAUCUUCAUCAGGAGGAACAAUCUGCAAAUGCCGAAAGGAUGCAUCUUAGAAAGAACACGUGCAAACGCAACAUUUAAAUCACACUGCAAACGAGUGAAACGUGCUGCAAUGAUGCAAACAAAGAAAACACUGAUCUUCAAACGCGUGCACGAGAAAAAAAAAUAAUGCUUCAAAUUGAGGCCAGAGAACGGAAGUACUCCAGGCCUGUAGGGGGCGCUAGGUGACACUCAUAGAAGUUAACCACAGCUUGAAUUAAUUCAGUGAACAUUUUUUUUUACCUUUCUUGUUUGUGCAUAAAGUGAAACUACUAAUCCUGCCACACUGAAGCCACCUGUACAUGUCUGCAGAGUCGACUUGUUGCAGAAACAGACGUUUGUAAAGAGAUUAAAUUAUGAGAUCAGGUGCUUCAUGACUAUUUAAAUUAGAGCCCAUCAUUUCACUCCAAUCACAUGCCAGUCUAAAGCUUCUUUCAGAUCUCUAAAUGUCUUAAUCCUAAUCAAGUUGAUCUAAUCUGGAUAAAGGAAGCUGGAUUACCUGACCCUUCAAAAUAAAGUAGAUUAAGAACUAAAUCUGGAUUAAACCCUUUGAAGGUGUGAUCAGCCAAUCCAAAUCCAACAUGUCCCUUCUUCAUUCUAACUCCCUCUCAGUUUGUGUUCAUGGUCCUGCAUGCAGAGUGGUAUCAGGGGCUUGUCUCUCUGACCCUGGAGGUGAUGAUGAGGAGGAACCAGCUCUCUUCAGCUCUAUCCCCUCCCUCCUCUUCAUCCCCCUCCUCUUCUGUUGUCACGGCAGGUCAUCGCUCUGGUCUGCUCCAUCGUCCUCCUGAAGCAGCUCAAGACGGUCCAGCAGGACGCGGCGGCGUACUACCGCACCGUGUACUGAGAGGAGGGCGCCGUGAAAGAGCCUUCAUCAGUCCUCCUCUGCCUCAUUUCAAAAAGGGAACCAUCGCUUGAGUUCAGGCUCGACCAGCAAAGACGUGUUUACAGGUUGUUUUUGUUUUUUUAUUCGUGUGUCAACGAAUAUGUCACCGAGCCGUCAGAGGUUAGGUUUAUAGAAGAGUUUAAGAGAAGAGUUUUAAAACCAUGACGCUUUUUAUACAACAAUCCUGAAGGAACUCUGGGCCCAGCUUUUAAAGUCAGAUUGGAUCAAAUCAAAAGAAAAGCAGAUCAGGUUAUUCAGUCUUUGAUUUUAUCAGGAUCAAAUCUUCAGUUUGUGUUUCAAACUUUAGUCCAAAAAUCAAUCCCAAUAAAACGCCACAGUUUAUUUAAAGCGCUGAUAAAAACCGUCUGCUUCAUGCCUCUACACGUCUUAAUCCUCCUCUGCUGGAACGUCAUGUUAGUCUUUAAGUUGUCACAGGGUGUUAAACUCUGGAAGUGAGAACGAUUGGUGGAGGGGAAACGGUGUGGAGAGGUGAAGCGUUUCCAGAAGUGUUUCAUCGCUGCAUCCGUCUGUGAUCUGAAGACUUCUGCAAACGAUCCAUCUGUGCAUCUUUACUCUGAACUCCUCCUCUCUCCUCUGUACUCCAUCCUAUCUCCUCCAUCCUCUCUCCUCCAUCCUCAAUCCUCUCUUCUCCUCUUUACUCAAACCUCGAUCCUCUCUCCUCCAUCCUCUCUCCUCCUUCCUCAAUCCUCUCUCCUCCAUCCUCUCUUAGAUCCUCUCCUCAAUCCUCUUUCCUCCAUCCUCUCUUAGAUCCUCUCCUCAAUCCUCUUUCCUCCAUCCUCUCUCCUCCAUCCUCUCCUCCAUCCUGUCUCCUCUUUCCUCCAUCCUCUCUCCUCUCCUCCAUCCUCUCUCCUUGAUCCUCUCUCCUCCAUCCUCGAUCCUCUCUCCUCAACCUUCUCUCCUCCAUCCUUGAUCCCCUCUUCUCCUUCCUCUCUCCUCCAGCCUCUCUCCUCCAUCCUCUCUCCUCCAUCCUCUUAGAUCCUCCCCUCAAUCCUCUUUCCUCCAUCCUUUCCUCCAUCCUGUCUCCUCUUUCCUCCAUCCUCUCUCCUCUCCUCCAUCCUCUCUCCUCAAUCUUCUCUCCUCCAUCCUCGAUCUCCUCCAUCCUUGAUCCCCUCUUCUCCUUCCUCUCUCCUCUUGCCUCUCUCCUCUUUCCUCCAUCCUCUCUCCUCGAUCCUCUCUCCUCCAUCCUCGAUCCCCUCUUCUCCAUCCUCUCUCCUCCAGCCUCUCUCCUCUCCUCCUCUUUCCUCCAUCCCCUCUCAUCCACCCUUGAUCCUUUCUCCUCCAUCCUCUCUUCCAGCCUCUCUCCUCCAUCCUCGAUCCUCUCCUCCACCCUCGAUCCUCUCUCCUCCAUCCUCGAUCCUCUCUCCUCCACCCUCGAUCCUCUCUCCUCCACCCUCGAUCCUCUCUCCUCCACCCUCGAUCCUCUCUCCUCCUCGAUCCUCUCUCCUCCAACCUCGAUCCUCUCUCCUCCACCCUCGAUCCUCUCUCCUCCAUCCUCGAUCCUCUCUCCUCGAUCUUUUCACCUCUUUCUUCUCUCCCCAAUCCUCUCUACUCCAUCCUCCAUUCCCUCUUUUCCAUCCUCUCUCCCCCAUCCACUCUCCUCGAUCCUGUCUCCUAGAUCCUGACUCCUAGAUCCUCUCUCCUCCGUCCUCUCUCCUGUCUCCUCGCCUCCUCCAGGUCAGGUCGAGGAGAGAGGAUGCAGACAUCUUAACAUUUGAAUCUAAAGAGAAGGCAGCGUGUAUCUGGAUUUGUAAAGUUGGGUAACCUGAUCCAAGUUAAAUGUGAUUCCACAUCUUCAAACGUUUGAACAACUCGUCCCAGAUGUUCCUUUAAAUGAGCCGUUUUUCCAUUCAGCAGUAAAAUGUGACAGAGCUAGCUUUCUAACCGACAGUACGACGUUACAUGUUUGAUAAGAAGAAUGUAAUCACACAGCAUUGAGCAUUAAACUUUCCUCUCUUAUUUAACUGAAGCGUUAAAUCACAGAUGCUUCAGUUAAAUCAACUCGCCUCCUCCAGAACUUCCUGCAAGCUUUUAAGAUGGUCUGUCUGUGUUUCACGGUAGAGUUUGUUCAGGGAUGGACCGUCAUUAAGCUCGUUAAUCAAGAACAGAUCAGAGAUAUCUUAUAACCUUAUUUUGUAUUUCAUUGAUCCAGUUAAUGUUUUACUGCUCAGCUCUACUUCCUGUUUGUGAGACUCAAAUCCUAACAGGAGGUUUGUGCUGAAUCUGUCUGCAGAACUCCAAAUGUGAUGGUUUUGUAAAUGCAUUCCAAGAUGAUCCUGACCCCCCCUGAGUGAUAAUCCUGUUCAGGUUUUUAAAACAUCACAUUCCUUUGUAUAUUCUGAUCCUCCUCAUGAAUCAGACGGCCUCGGUGUGGGCGUGAAACUAAUCCAGGACCUUCCUGAGUGCGCUGAGAGUCUGCCGGCUCUCCCGUGUGUUAUCAGGUUUUGUUACACUGAUUGUAUAAAUAUCAGAGCGCUGCCUUCCUGUAAACUGAGGCUUCAGAAACUCUUCCUCACUCCUUCCAAAUAACUCUGUGACCAAACUGACGCACGUGAAGUGUCCUGUGUGUGAAGAAAGAGAUGCCUUAAGUUGAGCUUGUUUUCUGUCUCUGAACAAAUCAUAGCUUUGCACUAAACCAUGAAAAAGGUCUGUUUUUUAAAUAAAUGUUGUAUGGAGGGAUGUUCCCCCUCUUCUUCACUGA